GCAGUGCGGAGAGGAUAACACAAGUAAUAAGGCUUCAACCUUGAAGAUAUAUUCAACAUCCACUUAUCUGGAUUUCUGUACAGAUAAUGAAAUUAUUACAAUUAUCUAUAAAACCAUUUCUGUGUCGCUGACUGGGGUCUCUCCUGUUCUGGGGAAUCCAUAGAAAGCAAAAUAAUACCAUAAAGUGACAGUUUCAGCUAUUGCUGUCCUAUGGAGGCUAAGAUGAUUAGAUCCUGACAUAGUUUAUACUAAAUUUGAAAUAUAACAGAUUUCUUAAACACAGUAGUUCAGUAAGGAAAUAUUUCGUUUUAGUUAAAACUUAAAAGGUCACCCUUCAUUUGAUCCUACAUCAUGCUAAGCAACAAUUAUUACCAUUCUCAGAUUGCCUGCUUAGGUAGUCUAAUAAUGUUUAGAAUUCGACUAAUGAAGCUUUUGUGAAGAAGUGUUAUCCAUUAUAAAGGGCGUUAUCAUCCUAGAAUGAGAAGGACGUUAUCGUCCUAAUAGGACAUGCAAAAAUCCAUGCUUCAUGUUGAAAUUAGUUUUAUUUACUUAAAAUUUUUGUCGAGGUCAAUAUAACAAACAUAGAUUGAGAACUGGUUUAGUCGCAAUUAUUGCAACUUAUUUCCUUCAUUUAUUACUUUUUUGACAUUUUUUUAAGAUUAUGCAUGAUCUGCCUAAACAGAUAAAUAAUUAGAUUACGUUUGACCCAAAAAAAAAUUAGAUUACGUCCUUUUGCAAGGCAAACACUCAUAAUUACAUAGGACAAAACCAGUGGUGUCAGUUACGUUUCUUGUUAACUUUUCCUAGAGGGGAAGGAAUGACUUUGGCCUAUUUGAAGUAUGCAAUAAAGACAAGGUUAUCUCUCAAAUAAUUUUUCAAACCAAGACUUCACUAAAGAUUUCAGAAAUCUAUGCUUUCUCAGAAGAGGUUCCUAUUUGAAGAUGUGUCUGGAGUAAAUUGAACAAGCUAGCUAUUGAACUCUUUUCUUUUAGUGGAAAAUUUUAUGUAUGUUUAGAGGUAACAAAUUUUGAAGCAUGACGGAUACUCCGGUGUUCUCUAACCAAGACUUCAGAAGCAUACUCCGUGAAUAUAGAGCCGAGUAAUAGACAGUCGUCUGAAUAUGGUAUUUAAAAUGGAGUGUGGAUUUUCACAUAUUAAUUAACUAGGUAGAGAUUUUUCUUUUCCUAGAGGAUCCGGAGAAGAUUUUGGCAUCUGAAGUGCAUUAAUGACAGAGUUAUCUCUCAAACCAACGUUUUACUUAAGAGUUCAGGAGCCAGUGAUGAAACUAUGUUUUCUCAUAAACUGAACCAGAUGAUAUAACUCAUCUUUUUUAGUGGAAUAAAAGCCUUUGAUUUAGCUUAGCUUGAAUAAAAAUCUUUGAUUUCCUUAGCUCUCUCCUGUCUCGGCAAGAAAGCAAUGGCUGCGAUGCUUUAUUGGCUAUUCACUAUUUGUCAUCUGCUUAUCUCCACAACCUCAUAUGCAAGUUGUGUUGCUUCUACUGAUACUUUGUUCCCAAAUCAAUUCCUUUGGGACGGCCAGACUUUAGUUUCGUCCAACCAAAGAUUUGAAAUGGGAUUUUUUAGUCCAUUUUUUGGAUACAGGUACCUGGGAUUGUGGUACAAGAAUUUGGGGCCAAAUGUAGUAUGGGUUGGCAAUAGAUUCAAUCCACUUGGAAUUGGUGCGAGGCUUGUAAUCGAUAAAACGGGAUGCAUUUUUCUCCAAGAUUUUUUUAAAACCGUACGUAUUUUUAAGCCAAACCAGAAUGUUCCCAGGCCAGUUCUGCAGCUCCUGGAUUCAGGUAAUCUUGUGUUUGGAGAUUCUAGCAAUCUGACAGCUGGAGAGUACCUGUGGCAAAGCUUCGAUUACCCAGUUGAUACAUUGUUACCAGGAAUGAAGGUCGGUUGGGACCAGAAAACUGGUAUUAACCGAACCAUAAUUUCAGGUGAUUAUUUGUUCAAGUUAGAGUCAGGUGACUCGGGUCAGUCACCCCAACUUGUUCUUGUGACAAAACAGCAAACAGUUUCAAGGUGGGGUCCUUGGGAUGGACAAAAAUUCAGUGGCAGUGAUGCCCUCAUGGACAACGACAACUUCAGACCAAUAUUUAACUCCACCACUGAUGCGUGUUAUUUCACAUUCGAAGCCAAGGAUGACUCGACAUUGAAACUGUCACUGAAUCCAGAUGGUAAGAUACAGUUCCUCAGAUGGAAUAAUGCUACCAUGGUCUGGGCUGUAGUGGGGAUACUGAAUAAGGACAUAUGUGACCAGUAUAGGACUUGUGGGCCUAAUGGGGUUUGUAUUGUUGAAGAUCCACCCUGCUUGUGUCCUGAUGGUUUCAUAGCAGCAUCACCAGGUGACUGGGACAAGAUGGAUUUUACCAAAGGAUGUAGGAGAAUCAUCCCACUUAACUAUACUGACAAAGACGUGUUUGUGAAGAAUCGUGGACUGAAGUUGCCUGAUAAUGCAACUUACUGGGGAAUGUUGUCCCCCGAGGAGUGUGGAGAGAAGUGCUUGAAUGAAAGAUCAUGUAUGGCUUAUACUAACAUCAAUAUUAACGAAAACAGCAGCAAGUGUCUCGUUUGGUUGGCUGAUUUACUUGAUAUGAGACGUCCACAGAAAUCUGGGAACGACAUUUUUAUACGGAUGGCGCACGGUAAACUAGAAGCACCUGUUUCCCAUGGGAGAGGGAAAACGAAAAGGAAAUGGGAAUGGAUAGUAUUGGUUUCUUUAAUUUCAGUUGCGGCACUGCUUAUCUUGUCUACAUAUAAGGUUCUAUGUCAAGCAAUGAGGACAGAGGUGCUAGAUGAACCAGAGAUCAAUCAGCCGGGAAAUUCUCCAGGAGCUUUGCUGCAGGGCACGGAUGUCAUUGCAUAUGAUUCCAGUGCUCUAGCUGCAGCCACUAACAAUUUCUCGCUGGCUAAUAAGAUAGGGCAUGGUGGCUUUGGCAAUGUCUAUAAGGGGCUACUAGAGACUGGAAUAGAAAUAGCAGUGAAGAAGCAGGAUGUGACUUCACGUCAAGGAGUUAAAGAAUUUGAAAAUGAAGUCAACUUAAUAGCAAAGCUUCAGCAUCGUAACCUAACCAAGUUGUUGGGAUACUGCAUUCAUGGAGUAGAAAAAUUUCUUGUCUAUGAGUUUAUGGCAAAUAAUAGCCUAGACAAGGUCAUAUUUGAUCCUGCAAGAAGGGUUACAGUAACAUGGCCAACACGCUUUAACAUUAUAAAAGGAAUCGCAAAAGGAUUAGUUUACUUGCAUCACGACUCGAGGUUGACAAUACUCCACCGGGACUUAAAAGCCAGCAAUGUCUUGCUAGACAGAGAGAUGAUGCCCAAAAUAUCUGACUUUGGGUUGGCAAGGGUAUUCAAUGAUGAUGUUGAAGAAAAGACUCAGCAUGUAGUUGGAACGCGUGGUUAUAUGUCUCCUGAAUAUAUAGAAAAUGGACAUUAUUCAACAAAAUCAGAUGUGUUUAGUUUUGGAAUCUUGGUAUUGGAGAUUGUGAGUGGCCAAAGGAAUUGGGGUUAUCGGCACCCAAUCUAUGAUGUUGGCCUAGUAGGCUAUGCUUGGACAAUUUGGAAUGAUGGGAAGGCCAUAGAACUACUGGAUCCAGUGAUUGAAAAACCAGGUGAUUUGAAUGAAGUUUUAGCAUGCAUUCAUGUUGGCCUCUUGUGUUGUGAACGGCGUGCCCAAGACAGACCUUCAAUGAUUCAGGUGGUUUCCUUACUCGAGGAGAAUGAAAUGUCAAGGUUGAAUUUUGUGCCCCUCGAUCCUUACUUCUUGAAGGAGUUGAGUCACAGUGGCAGGAGUCGCGACAGUGUGAAUGGUUUCACUAUUACUGAAUCUACCGCAAGAUAAUGAUAAUGACCUAAUCUCAAGAGACAAAUAUACAGAGAACAAACUCAGUCUUACUAGUAUAAUUUGAAACUAUGAACACGGCAUUACUACUGGCAAACAACCGAAGAGGCUUAAGCCGAGCUUCCUAUUUUCGGAUCUUGCUAGUGGGAAUUCCAGGGCUAUUACUGUUGCUAGGAAAAGGAUCAUUUAUCAUCCUUUAUAAAAGUACUAAUGACCUUUUCUAACUUGGAAAUUAUGUUAUCUUGUUUAAUUUUCUGUUGCUUCAUGCAAUACAAGACAUUAGAGUUUUUCUAUAUAUACUUAUCUUUUGAAACUACACUAGAAUGUGUAUACAUGCCAAAAUAUAGCCUGACACAUGGCAAAGUAGUAUUGGAAUACUUGGCAGGAGAAGAUGUAACGACAUGAGUUGACUCAUUUAAUUGGGAUGAAGAACUCCGGUGGUGACCGGAGCUAAUCUAUCAUAAGCAGUGGCACCGGUCAUUAAUGAAAGAGUAACAUUGCAUGACCAGCUGUGUAUGGAGCAGACGUUACAAUUUACCAUUAAACCAUAUUUAUUAGCCUUUAUUGCUAUUAAUCAGAAUGUAAUCAUAGCCUAAGAAGAGGGUCAUUUGUACUAUAAAAAGAAGAUGAAGAGUCCUGAAAAAGGAUAAUCGAAUACAACAGUC